CGACAAUAAUAAUUCAAUGUGCGUACGCCGCGCGCGUUUUUUUUAUUUCAACAUUAAUUAAAAAAAUACAAUUUCAAGUCUUGCGGGCAUUAAAAACGGGCGCGAAAGUCGAUGCUGCCGUCGCUUUAUCGCUGUGCUCUGGUAUCGAGUAAAACAUAAUUAAGCAUAACUACAGCUACACAGUGCCAAUUAAAUAUGCUUUGGUUCCUAAGUACAGAUGCUGCUGCUGCUGCUGUUGUUGUUGUUGUUGUUUAGAGCUUAGUUGCCGCGUGGUUUGCCAGAGACGUUUGCUAUGAUGCGCUACUCAGAAAUAUCGCGCGACCUGUCCACGGAUAAUCUGCGCUACUCGGAGCUGAGCAGAAAACCCGCUGCUGAUUAUGUGGGCUAUGCCGGGCAGACAUUUGUGACAGCUUCGCCCACACAGUCGCGCUGCCAGCCACAGCAGUCGGCAUCACCGCAUCGUCCGUCGAAGCAGCGCAGUUCCAAUGGCAAUGCACACACCAUGGCCUGUUUGCGUCAGGACAAAAGCCAGCAGGAGCUGCAGGCGGAGCAGGCACAGGCGCAGCUGCCCGUCAGCAAGACGUUGAAUAUUAAGGGAACGCGCCGCAAGAACUCGAUUGGCUGCCUGACCAGCUUCAGCUCGUCGCCGGACUCGCCGGGUUGUUACUACAGCAUAGCUACAACCGCAGCGCCAGCGAACAAAUCGCAGAGUUUGCCAGCGCAUGGCUCUAUUAAGCAACUGGAUGCGGUCAUCUUGAGUGCAUUGCGUGUGCCCGCCGAUGUGCUGGCCAAUCAGAUAACGCUGCUCGACUUUCCCAUCUUUGCACUCAUACAGCCGGACGAGCUGAGCAGCUGCGCCUGGACCAAAAAGGACAAGCAUGUGGCUACACCGAACAUUGUCGCCUUUACCAAGCGCUUCAAUCACACCAGCUUCUGGACGGUGCAGGAAAUACUCAAUGCCGAGCAGCCCAAGCAGCGUGCAGAGAUCAUGACACACUUUAUUAAGGUGGCCAAAAAGCUGCACGAACUGAACAAUCUGCACUCGCUGUUCGCCAUUAUCUCGGCUAUGCAGAGCGCCAGCAUUUAUCGUCUCAAAAAGACCUGGGCCUGUUUGUCCAAGAAGGAUCGACAGUCCUUUGAGCGCCUCAGCGAUAUAUUUAGCGAUCAGAAUAACUGGGCUAAUUUGCGCUCGUACUUGGAGAGUCUUCGUCUGCCGUGCAUACCCUAUCUGGGCCUAUUUCUGACAGACUUGAUCUACAUCGAUCUGGCGCAUCCGCACAAGGGCGGCCUGGAGCCGGAUCAGCGGCGCAACAAGAUGAAUAACAUACUGCGCGUCAUCUCCAAUUACCAGCAGUCGGAUUAUCAGCACAUACAGCCGCAUGAGUCCACGCAAAAGUAUCUGACCUCCAUACGCUACAUUGAGGAGCUGCAGAACAUAUUCGAGGAGGAUCAAUACAAACGCUCGUUGAACCUGGAGCCCGCCUCACCCUCUGGACCCAGUUCGUCCUCCUGCAGCUCGAAGGAGUCAUUUAAUGUGGAAUCGAUAACACCAGCGCUGGGCUGUUUGAAUCUGUCGCCCGCCAAGACCAUAGGCUCCAUGCGCAUGGCCAGCGGCACCAAGUUCGUGCCCGGCCAUCGCAAGUGCCGCAGCCUGGGCACCAACAUCUUUGGCAAAAUCGCGCCGAACAACUACGAGGGACAUCCGCAUCACUUGCAUCUGGAACUGGAUCCGACGGUCCAGCAGCCGCGUCAUCAUUUGCUCGACGACUCUGUACUGGAGCACAGCGAUGCACUGUCCAGUGCGGACCUCACCUCGCUGGAGAGCGCCGAGGGCAUCCUGUGCGAUUUCAUGGGCAGCAAUUGCGAUCUGAUGUCGCCGGAGGCAGCGGCUGCCAUGCAGGGCUGUGUGCGUCGCAAGACCGUGCAGAAGGAGGGCCGGAAGCCCGCGGUGGCCUCCUGGCAGCGCUACUGGCUGCAGAUCUGGGCCAAUUCGCUUGUGUACUUUCCGCCCAAGUCGUUCAAGGGCAGCGAACGCGGCGACUUCAAGCGUGAGCCGUGCAAGGUGUGUCCCCUGGAGGGCUGGUAUGCCCAUGUCAGCGACAAUACCAAGCACAAGAACACCUUUGAGCUAUACCACCGCACCCUGGGCACCGUUUACAAGUUUCGCACGGACAGUCCGCAGAUGACGCAUCUCUGGACGAACGCCAUUUGCAAGCUGGCAACGAUGCGUGUGCCAAAGCCAUUGCCCGCCAAUCUGAUGUCCUUCGAGUGAGUCACAGGCAGGACUGCAGGACUGGACACCAACGAAAAUGAUAAAAAAAGAAAAACUGUACUCAACAAUUAGAUUUAAUUAGCUGUUGAUUUACUCACGAAUUCACUUUGCAACGCAACUGAUGAAAACCACGCAAAACAGAACAUUCCCGCGGCUCUCUGCUUGUUCAAGCAACCCAUAAAAAACAACCCACACACCGAAAAUAACAACAAAAACUAACGAACAAAUUGUAAUUUGCAAAUUCAACGAUUUCAAAUGGUAUUUCAAAAGACUGACAGACUAGCAGAGAACAAGAUUAAGAUGAAGAUGGAUUACAGCGAAAAAGGAAACACUCAGAAACACACGAAACUCGUCCCGACAACAGUCUACAAAAAAACAAUACGAUAAAUGAUAUUGGUCACAGCUAACUAUAAUUAA